AUGCCUGCUAUCAGGCGUCGAAAUAUCUCUGGCAGACGUCAGAGAAAUGAAUGGCGGAAUUCUAAACGGGAAAGCAUUUCUCGCCGAAGGGAAUCGCCACCUCUACAAAUUCGAGAUUUUUACAAAUCUGCAUUGACUGUUCAUGACGAUUGUGACCCCUUUACUAUUGGAUCUAUGACUUUUAUUUGUAACUUUUGUCAUGCUAAGCAUUUUAUGUUAGAGAAGACAGGAAGUAUCAAUGAAUAUGAUAUUUGCUGUCAGAAAGGCAAGGUUGAUCUUCCUUUAUUGUCGCAUUCACAAUAUUUUGAGAAUUUGAUUACUGGUGUAACAUCUUUAGACCAUACUGCAAAGAAACGAUCCCAAAAUUAUUUGGACAAUAUUCGGUCCUAUAAUUUUGCAUUUGCCAGGAUAAUUUCUGAGACACACUUAGAUGAAAGUGUAACCGGUGGAAUGUAUCAUUUUAAAAUCCAUGACACAUUUUACCAUCGUGUUGGUUCACUUAUACCAAGUGAAGGUUGUCAGCCAAAGUACGCUCAGAAUUACUUUUAUGAUGUAGAUACAGCAGUUGAACACAGAAUGCGUGAACAAGCUAAUGUCAAAUGUGAUGCGAACAUUAUGCAUGAAAUAGCUGUAUAUUUGAACAGAGUGAAUUCAUAUGUCCAAUCUUUUCAAACAAUGGGUAAUCUCUGUAGGAAUUCCAGUGAUGGAAAUGAAAAGGAAAUAUGCAUGCACACUGUCAACGCGUCGUCUGAUCAACGACGGUACAAUGAUGCCACAAGUACAGAUGUUGCAGCAAUCUUCAGAUGCGUAGAUGGAGUACCUCCUGGGGAACGAAACCUGGUGGUGAUGUCAAAGUCAGGUGGCAUUCGCACAGUUUCUGUUUUAGACUCAUCGUUAGACCUAUUGGCUUAUCCGCUACUGUUUCCCCAUGGUGAUCCUGGAUGGCAUAUUAAUAUUUCGCACACUGUUACAAGUAAUCAACGAAACAAAACAACAAUGAGACAGUAUGCUGCCUAUCGUCUUUCCAUCAGAGAAACUUUCAGUUUAUUGCAUCGUUCACAAAAACUGUAUCUUCAGUGGGUUGUGGAUAUGUAUGUUCGAAUUGAAGGCACACGCUUAAAUUUUGUAAGGCACAAUCAAAGUAAUUUGCGUGCAGAUAUGUAUUUAAAUGUAGCUGAUUACAUACACCAGCGUGCAGCUGAAAACAAUUUGAGAGUUGGGCAUCAAGUCAUUCUUCCCUUUUCUUUCAUUGGUUCUCCCCGUAAUAUGCAUCAAUGUCCAUUGUUUUUAUAA